UAUACGGGCAAGCGAAGAAAGAUCUGCUACUAGUUUAAAGGAUCCAAAAAUCCCGAAAAUUUGAUAAAAUUUUGCAAAGUUAAAAAACCACUAGGUGUUAUGUUUAUCGCCGGAAUUUUUUAUCGUGGCCUAACAGUGAUCCGGUUCAUUCCUCCCACUCCUAAAAUAACCGCCGAUCUCUACAUACAAAACGUGUUAGAGCCAUUGGUGCAAGCAGACUUCCCCCGUGUCUAUCCAGGUGAAGAAAGGAAGGUAGUACUGCAUCAGGACUCUCUCCCUAUUUCAAUUACCCUGAGCCGUCAAAUACUUCUUUUCUGGCGUUAUCGUGUGGAGUUGAUGGCAGAGAAGAAGGGCUUUCAGAUGGAGCAAAUAUUAAAAUAA